AUGCAGGGAUCACCUACAUGCCCUCACUCCACAGGAUCCAGCUCUAUAAAGGGAUCACUUACAUGCCCUCACCCUACAGGAUCCAGCUCUUUGCAGGGAUCACCUACAAACCCUCACCCCACAGGAUCCAGCUCUAUAAAGGGAUCACUUACAUGCCCUCACCCCACACGAUCCACCUCUAUGCAGGGAUCACCCACAUGCCCUCACCCCACAGGAUCCAGCUCUAUAAAGGGAUCACUUACAUGCCCUCACCCCACAGGAUCCAGCUCUAUAAAGGAAUCACUUACAUGCCCUCACCCCACAGGAUCCAGCUCUAUGCAGGGAUCACCUACAUGCCCUCACCCCACAGGAUCCAGCUCUAUGCAGGGAUCACCUACAUGCCCUCUCACCACAGGAUCCAGCUCCAUAAAGGGAUCACUUACAUGCCCUCACCCCGCAGUAUCCAGCUCUAUGCAGGGAUCACCCACAUGCCCUCACCCCACAGGAUCCAGCUCUAUACAGGGAUCACCUACAUGCCCUCACCCCACAGGAUCCAGCUCUAUAAAGGGAUCGCUUACAUGCCCUCACCCCGCAGGAUCCAGCUCUAUGCAGGGAUCACCUACAUGCCCUCACCCCACAGGAACCAGCUCUAUAAAGGGAUCACCUACAUGCCCUCACCCCACAGGAUCCAGCUCUAUGCAGGGAUCACUUACAUGCCCUCACCUCACAGGAUCCAGCUCUUUGCAGGGAUCACCUACAUGCCCUCACCCCACAGGAUCCAGCUCUAUAAAGGCAUCACUUACAUGA